GAUGGAGCGAUCGUGGAAGAGGAUGGCUUCCUCGUUGGUAGUGGUGUUGGAGCCGAGGCAGAGCCUGAAAUAGUGGAUGAAGUGGAGAAGCCGCAUGACGUUAUAAACCAAGAUAUAUCUAAUGUCUUGCAAAAUGAGGAGGCCACAGUUGCUCCUGAGAUUGUGACAGCACUUGAUACCGAAAUGCCUGUAGAUACACAGCACGACCAGACAGAUGUUUUUCCAACUGAGCCAGAACUGACCAAUGCUGCUCCUAUUCAAGUGGAAUCGCUUGAACCCGUAGCAGACGAAGUGACUUUUCCUAUCAUCCCCGAACAGACUCAACGGGUUGAAGAGCUUGAAGAGACGUCCGAAGUCCAGUCAGCUCCUGAGAUCAUGGAACCUGUCUCACUCUCACCAGUGCUUUCUGAGAUGUCCCAGAGCACCGCUGAGCCAAUGCCUGAGGAAGGUUCCGUCAUGACAGCGCCGUCAAUUGCUAUUAGCGAAAAUGUCGACAUAAACGUACCUCUAGGGGUCCAGGCACAGUCACCAGUGGUUUCGGAGUUCCCAGCAGGUAUCUUCCAGCUGGAGCCCGCUAUGCCUCAGACAACAGAGGAUGUUGACUUCACGUCGGAGAGCGAGGAACCUGUAGACAGUACGAGCUUUGAUCCGUCUCUUCUGGCAGAUUCAGUGGAUGUAAGGGUAGCAACAGAGACCAGGGAAGGAUUCGGCCCCCUUGAGGGCGACGCCCCGCAGCAGGACAUGACCCCAGGACCACUGGAGUUCGCCGCUGAAUCUGCGGUAACAUUCCAGGGAGGUGACAGCCUGGAGAGCCUUGGUGCCGCCUCUGACAUUGAAGAUACUGUUGACGUUGGUACUAUCCUACGCGAGGAGCUCGGAGACGGCAGCGUCGAAACCGAUGCGACGGAGGAAAACGGUUCCCCGGUAGGUGAGGAAGGACCUGAACAAAACCUCUUCAUUCCAGAGCCAUCCGCUCCUUCGGACACCAAAGGCUUCGGACCCUCACCGGGGCCCUCAGACUUUGAGGAGGGUAGCCUCGAUUCUUUUAUUUCGCUCGAAGACGACAUCAACGUAAACAGAGCACCUGAGAAUCAAGACCAGAGAAAUGGAAUGGCUGAAUUUAUUGCUCCUUCGGUGGCGCCAGAAGAAGUACUGUCUAACCCUGAGGGCGAGACCAUCGAUCUGUUUCAAUCUGCACCUUCCCACAUGAUGGAAAUGCCGACAGAAGAAAAGAUCAGACAGGGGCCAGCGAUGGUUGACGGUUCUGAGUUCGCAAAUAACUUCAAUACCCCAGCAUAUAGCGACAGCGGAGAAAUACAAGACACACCUGAUAUGCAAAGCGAUAUCUCGCACAUGCCUAUAAUGACAGACGGAAUGCCAGAGAUGCCGCACGAAGUGCCUGAGAUGACGGACGACAUAGUCCACCCGAACGUGGUCACGGCGGGAGACAUCGAUGCCAAUCAAUUCCUGGCUGGUACUGACCCUGAAAUGGUCCCAUCAGAGGCGGUAGCCCACGGUCGGCAGCCUCACUCGAUGAGCUUUGACGCUCCUGACGACGAGCAUCAGCCUGUCAUGCCGUCCGACAUCAUUCCUGACGUACCCACAUCAGACGAUGUAACUUCAAUGGUCAAUGAUGAAAUGGCUGUCUCAGAAGGCUCGCCUUUUGUUCAGAUCGACAGUAAUUCUGAAGAUCAAGCAGAGCAUGAGGGCGGAGAACCACUUUUCGACUUUGAUUUUGUUAGCUCUGAACAGCAGCCGCAGUCAUUUGAUGCGACCGAUGCUGCUUUCAACUCCGCUGAACCUGUGCAAAACAUCCCUCAUUCAAUCCCUGAAGGCUUUGGGCCCGUUCAUCCUUCCUCCGUACUGGCUGAGGACGAAGAGUCAGUCUUUGCGGAGGACUCAACAGCAACAGCAACAGCAACAGCAAAUGGCGUUACUUACGGCGAAUUCCAGGGCGUUCCAGGCAGUGAGGAGGACUCAACUGUCGAAGAUCAGGCUGAAGAGAUGGAAGGAUCUCAAAUGACAAUGUCGGAGGGCAAUGAGUCCACGUUCGUGGGUGAUAUUGACGUGCGCGGAGGCUUUGACGGUCAGUUCUCUCCUCAACAGGGUGAACAGGACUUCGGCGAGGCUGCUGAAGACAGUGGGACCCUUCAAGCUGAGUAUCAAGAAGAAGGGGACGUCUCAGAGGCUGACUUUGCGACGGAUGUAGAGGCAGACUUUGGCGAGGAUAUGGAAGCCCAGCCAACGAUCGACACCGUCGUUCCUACCAAUGUAAUUUACAGAGCUCCUGAAGAAGAUGUCACGUCACAGGACGACAGUUUCGUGGAAAACAUGAACGCGCAAGACGUCAACCAGCACUUCAGCCAGGACUUUUAUCAGCCACAGGAACAUCAAAUGGCCGAGGAUGGACCCAAAGCAGGAUCAACUGUCAGUGAUGAUAUCCCUUCCGACGAGUCAAUUGUUCCUGAAUUUACUGAAAAUAUCGCGCAGAUGCCUGAUAUUGAUAUAAGAAUCGCAUCUGAGCCUAUGGAUGAGGCUGACGAGGCAGACAUUGCUGGUGUGAUGUCACCAACGACAGAGUCAGAAGCAGAAGCAGUGGACGUACUUUCUGAAGAAGGCGUAGCAUCAGUCGAAGAACAUGAAAUGAACGGUAUGGAGAACAUCGACACCUUCGAGGAUCAGCUCCAAAACCAAGAAGUCCCUGAAAACGCGGACGUCGAAGAGGAAGAAGGAAAUCAAGAGGAAAACUUUGAAGAACAGCACGGUCCCAUGGAGGGACAGAAUACUGAAGAAGAAGGAACUGAGGAUAACCAUGAGUUCCAGGAUCAAGAGGCCCAGGAGGCUGAAGGAGACCAGGAUGGAGAUCGGAGUGUCGAUGAGGAGUUGCCAACUGGCUACGGUCCUCCCCACUCCGAAACCAUUGUCCCCUCAGAGGUCACAGAGGAUGGUGACGUCACCGCUCCAACAAUGGAUGACGUCAUACCUGUGGAAGCGUACGACGUCUCAGAAGACUUGUCUGGUGACGAGCCUGAUGUUCCGGAGCAGUCUUCGGCGUGAUCAGCUGGAGAAAGACAGUACGAAACCUUUGAUGCUUCUCGGCGGCAGCACAUCCGAUCUUCGCAGACCCAAACUACCACCAGCCCAAUCGACUUGCGGAAAUCCGCUUACCAAGUGCUUCGUCGAAUCCUGGUUUCUUCUACCCGUCUUCCACGGGUGUCUACUGCAGAAGCCAGGACGUCCCUUCUGGCUAUGGCCUAGUUUAGUCUGUCUGUGAUCCGAAUAUUUGCUGCUAUGCUGCUGGUCUGCGAACGAAAGUCUGAUAGUCUGAUAUCUGCAGCCUGAUCUGCAGUCUGUAGUCUGACUUACGGUUUAUGUCACCGGUCUCUGGGGAGUAUUGCACCACUGAGACGCUAUCAAAAGGAUUGCCUGUCGACAAACUUGCAUUUCAUUCAUUCACCGCAUAAUUCUGCCGGAUGCGUUCGUUGAUGUACGGCCGGCCAUAAUUUAUUGUUGAAACUGGCCUCAAUAGGGCACAGAGUGAGUGUGUGAAAGUUGGUAUUCCUGCACAGUGCACACAUGAGCCGAAUGCAAUGCAUUGUGGGGAUGAUUCGUAAGUUGUUUGUGUAUUCGUGGGAAAAGUGCAAUGAGAAGUGUUACGGGCCAUG